CAGAAAAUCUUUUCCCCUCUUUUUAACAGUUUCGAGAGAGCGACGCCAUUUGCGCGACAGAGAGCGAGAGAAGAGAGUUGCUUUCUUCUUCUUCGCUUUUCGGGGGAUCUCGUCCGCCGCCAAUAAUAGAAGCAAGUGAGAGAGAGAGAGAGAAAAAAAAAAGGAUAAAGAGGGAGGGAAAUAUGGAUUCACCGACUUCAACGGCGACUACGACGACUGCGGUGGAAUCGUCGACGGCGGCGGCGGUGGAUUCGUCGACGACGACGAGGAUCGUGGCGUCGAGAUCCUCCGUCAUCGAUUCGCUCCGUGGGUGCGGCCUGUCGGGGGUCCGAAUCGACAAGGAAGUGCUUCGGAAGAAGCUCGUCAUGCCGGAGUACCUCCGGCGGGCGGUGGUCGACGCGAUUAGGUCAAAAGACGCGGCGGAGGCCUGCGACCGCCACCACAACAGCGCCGAGCUGAAAGUCCCCGAGGACGCGCCGCAAUGCCCCAUGGUGGUCUUCGUCAAUUCGAAGAGCGGUGGCCGCCAUGGCCCUGUACUCAAGGAGCGGCUCCAGCAGUUAAUCAGCGAGGAACAGGUUUUUGACCUCUCAGAUGUGAAGCCUCAUGAAUUCGUGAGACAUGGGCUGGGCUGUCUUGAGAAGAUGGCCAUCCUUGGUGAUCUUUGUGCCAAAGAGUGCCGUGAGAAGAUGAGAAUUAUGGUUGCUGGAGGAGAUGGUACGGUUGGUUGGAUAUUGGGAAGUCUAGCAGAACUUCUCAAAGAGGCAAGGCAGCCGGUUCCUCCUGUAGGGAUCAUUCCUCUUGGUACAGGCAACGACUUGUCGAGGAGUUUCGGUUGGGGAGGUUCGUUUCCUUUUGCUUGGAAAUCAGCUGUUAAGCGAUCUCUCGAUAGGGCGGUUGCUGGGCCUCUUUGCCGUCUUGAUAGUUGGCAGGUUGUGGUGUCGAUGGCUGAAGGUCAAGUCGUGGAUGCUCCCUAUUCCUUAAAGGCUACUGAAGAGUGCCUACUUGAUCAGGAUUUGGAAGUUGAAGGGCGGCUGCCUGAGAAAAUGGCUUGCUACGAAGGAGUGUUCUAUAACUACUUCAGCAUAGGAAUGGAUGCCCAAGUUGCCUAUGGCUUUCACCAUUUACGUAAUGAAAAACCUUACCUUGCACAAGGUCCCAUUGCAAACAAGUUAAUAUACUCUGGUUACAGUUGCACCCAGGGCUGGUUUCUCACUCCUUGCAUUAAUGAUCCCAGUCUGAGAGGGCUAAAAAAUAUCUUGAGGAUGCACAUUAAAAAGGUUAAUUGCUCAGAAUGGGAGCAGAUCCCUGUUCCUAAAAGUGUCAGAGCAAUCGUUUGUUUGAACCUUCACAACUAUGGAAGUGGGAGAAAUCCAUGGGGUAAUCCAACUGCAGACUACUUGGAGAAGAGGGGAUUCGUCGAGGCUCAUGUUGACGAUGGUCUCCUAGAAAUUUUUGGUUUGAAGCAAGGGUGGCAUGCAUCAUUUGUGAUGGUCGAACUCAUAUCCGCAAAACACAUAGCCCAGGCUGCAGCAAUCAGACUCGAGAUGAGGGGAGGAGAGUGGAGAGAUUCGUUCCUCCAGAUGGACGGGGAGCCAUGGAAGCAGCCGAUGAGCAGGGAGUACUCAUCGUUUGUAGAAAUAAGGCGGGUACCUCAUCAAUCAGUUAUGAUCAGCGGCGAGUAGUAUGACCUCCUUAAACGGAAAAAAACCAGUAGCUCUGCUCUGUCAAGGGGAAGAUUUGUCACAUAUUCUUAUCAUGUCACUGGGGAUGAAGGAAGGGGAUCGCUGAGAAAAACUCUGUAACACGAAGGAAAAAAAUGGUCUGUCGAUCCCCUGAACCAAAAUCUGUACCAUUUUUUUUACCCUUUCCCCCCAUCUCCACUGAGAGUGCCCCUGAGUGUGUGUCAUUUUAGCUAUAGCCCUCCUGCCUACUGGCAUUCCAUUGUAUCAAUAAUUGACAGUAGGUGUGAGUGAUCACUCUCUCCUGCAGGCUCUGAUCAUGUUGAAAUAUAACCAGAACUCUCUUGCUUGCUCUCUUUGCUUGUUUUCUCCAUUUGGCUGCUUAACUAGGGCUGCACAACGAUUCGAUCCACAAGGCAUCGAGCUGCUGUGUAUCUUCGUUUCGUGACAUCGAUCUUUUACCUUUAUUCUGGUUAUGACAAUAUGGGGUAUCAUCAUUGACA